AUGCCAAAAUCAAAAUCCAAUGUCAUAUGCCGCCCAAAUUCCCCAACUCUACUGAACAUCGAUUCACCAGAAUACAAAAAACUCAUGAGCGACGCAGUACUGGCGCAUCUCAGAGAAAUGAACAAGGACGUCCACACGUUUAGUACCAACUUGCCGCUCGCAGUAUUACUCGCUCCCUGUAAAAAGAAUCGAGGUCAUCGUGGAGUUUCUCGCCCACAAAAUGAAUUCAUCCUCUACCGCAAAGACAUUCAAGACGAAAUUCGUCGAGAAUAUCCCAAUGCCUCAUUUAUCGAAAUUUCGAAAAUAGCCAGCGCAAGAUGGAAGAACGAAACGACCGAGAAGAAAAACGUCUUUACAGUGUUGAGCAAAGCUGGCUACUUGGCGCAUAGGGAACUAUUUCCUGAUUAUAAAUAUCAACCAAAAGAACGGAACGGUAAAGGAAAAAAAAUGGUCGAGGUAAAACAACGCGGAAAAAACAAAAAGACUGAGCUUGAUCCAUGGGCCAAAUCGGUUACAAUGCCACAGAUGUUUGCCACAGAAAACGAAGACAAAAAUGACAAUGCAUCAAUGACUAUAGAUUUUCGUGCUGACGAUCAUACUAAUCAGCAUUCGCUCAAGACGAAAGCGCAACAAUCAUUGUCACACAACAAUAAUAAUGACACGAAAUCUAAUGAAAUGUUUUCUGCUUUUGCCUUGUCGCCUUUGUAUUUUUCACCUGGUGUGGAAUCUUGUUCGUCCGACAUUUUUGCUUCUUCGUCUCAACCGCCCACGUCUCCAAUGUCUUUCACCGAACAAUCUUCGAUGAGUGCCGGUACGCUGUACGAAGAUCAAAUGAUGGAUUACAGCGAUGGCACGAACGAUGGUAAUGACAAUAUUAAACCAAACAGUGAAUUAAACUGUGCCAUGCAAACUGACGAUAUGAGUACUCGGAUGAACGCCGAGCUGGAUAAUGUGUUGAAUCACCCUAUGCUUUCGGUGGGAUUUCCUAACUUUGAACCAGAGCCGGAACAAUUUGUCGCAUUCGGCUUUUUAAAUGAUAUGCUUGGUACCGGCGAAUUUAAGACUAGUAACAAGGAUGGGAAUACGCUUGAUGAUUUAACUGCAGGAAGUAAUGAUGAUACUCCCGUAGUCGGCUCUUCUUUAUCUUCAUCUUCGGUACAGAAUGAGCAAACGUCUUCUUUAUCAUCAGACUCGUUUAUUGAAAUUCCCUCCUCUCGUUUGACGUCGUCGCAACCCUCUUUAUCGCCAGCAUCUCAUUCGUCUUAUUCUCAAACUUCUCCAUCUUACCCUCCUCCUCCAUUUACCGCGAGAUCAUCAGACAAUUCUUCAAUCGCUGGAUUUCCUUUUCUAGAUAUGCCUUCUCUCCCUCCGCCCAUUCUUCCUUCUCCGCCAUUAUCGGCAUCUGCUCAGACAGUUUCAACGGAAGGCCAAUUCGUGCCGAUUCAUCAAAUGUUUAUGCCAAAUGCAAAUGGCUCGUAUUUCGGAUAUAAUAAUCUGUUGUUUGGAAAUGAAACUUGUCGAAAUGAACAAUAA